UCUUAUUCCGUCAAGUGCUUCGCUUAUCUUCGAUUGAAGUUUAUGGAUUUUACGCGCACGUUUGUGAUGAAUUCUUCAUAAUCCUUUGCUUUUUAGGAUUAUAUUUUCGAUAUUUUUCUGAAUUAUGAAGUGUUUUUAGUUUUUACAAAUAGUGAUGGGAAAGGGUAACGACAAUCCUACGAGCGGCGAUGUGGACCUUACGUCCGAUGGAAUUGAUGUGGACACACGACUGAAAGCAAUCAACAGGGAACUGGAUGAAAUCGAUUUCGAAUUAAACCGGCUGAACGCAAGGCGUAAAAAGCUGCUGGAUCUAAAGGAAAGGUUUCGCAUUCAGAAACAACAGGAACAAUCCAAUAUUAUCGCCAAGAACGACUGGGAAGCGGAAAAUUUCGACUGGUCCGCCGAAGUUCGCCGUGUGCUGAAGGAUGUGUUCGGGAUGGAACAGUUCCGGGCGCAGCAACUGGCAACCAUCAACGCACUGCUGUCGAAGCAAAAUGUGUUACUUUUGGCUCCGACCGGAGGUGGCAAAAGCUUGUGCUACCAGCUGCCUGCCGUCGUGUGCAAGGGCAUCACACUUGUCGUGUCGCCGUUGAUUUCCCUGAUGGAGGAUCAGGUUUGGGCGCUGAAGAAGUUAGGAAUCAAGGCGGAAUACUUAUGUUCAACAUCGGACAAAGAGUUGGUCAACUCGGUGCAGAAAGCUUUGCGGAACGGGGAUGAUGCUGACUUGAAGCUUCUGUUCGUUACUCCGGAACGUAUCAACAGAAGUUCACGCUUUAAAACCGCAUUGCAGAAGUGUUACAAUGCCAAGAAGCUGGCACAUAUCGCAAUUGAUGAAGUACACUGUUGCUCACAGUGGGGUCACGAUUUUCGGACAGACUACAAAGAAUUGGGCAUCUUCAAAGCCCUUUUCCCGGAUGUACCCAUUUUGGGAGUUACAGCGACGGCCACAACGAAAGUCAUAUCCGAUGUGCAAAAAAUGCUCCAAUUGAGCGAUUGUCUGACCCUCAGUGCGCCAUUCAACCGGCCAAAUUUGUAUUAUCAUGUUUUGGAGAAGCCAAACGACAAAGAGGAAAUGUACGAUUUAUUGGCGGAUCUGCUGAAACGGAAGUAUCACCGUAUGAGUGGUAUUAUUUACACAUUUACGGUCAAAGAAACUACGGAAAUUUCGACCGAACUGUUGCAGCGGGAGGUGAAAGUUUUGCCUUACCAUGGCCAAAAUAUGGAUCCCAAGCAACGAAGUAAAACUCACCAGAAGUGGAUCGAUAACGAGAUCCAGGCGGUAGUUGCAACAACCGCAUUUGGGAUGGGCAUCGAUAAACCGGACGUUCGAUUCGUGAUUCAUCACACCAUGAGUAAAACCAUGGAAAAUUUUUACCAGGAGAGUGGCAGGGCUGGACGGGAUGGAAAGCGAGCAGAUUGCAUUCUACUGUAUAGGUUUCUGGAUAUGUUUCGCAUUUCAACACUCUCGUUUUCUGAGUAUGGCGGACUUGAUAAUUUGUACUCCAUGGUCAAAUAUUGCAUCAAUGGGAAAGAUUGUCGUCGGGCGCUCAUAUCACGACACUUUGCGGAAGUCUGGGACGAUACACACUGUGAUAAGCUUUGUGACAGAUGCUUUUUCAGGGAUAAGGUACAGCUGCCAGAACAGACCAUAACCAACCACUACGAAACGUUGGUGUCCAUAAUUCGACGUGCGGAAACGUUGCAAACCAAAUUGACCGCUCUGAAGUUAGUAGACGCUUGGUACCACAAAGGAAGUCCUAAGAAUCGCCUGGAAACCCCACCUCCUUUGCUUGACCGAUUUAUUGGCGAGCAGAUUGUGGCCUUCCUGAUCACCAGUGGAUAUCUCAAGGAAGACUUCCAGAUCACUCCGUAUUCGACCCUCAGCUACAUAGUUAAAGGGACGAACGUGCCUAGCCACGAAGGCAUACGCUUCCAAGGAGCGAGAGUGCUCCGAAUUCCGAAGGAUUCGCUUAAAUCGAUUAUGAAAAAUGAUUCCAUCUGCUCAAAACCAACUGAUGACGUUGAACUUGUGUCAGUCUCAUCGAAUCUCAGCCUAGUUAACAAUUUUGGCAGGACUAGCACCCCGAAGCGAAAAGUCACAGAUAUCAGCGACCGAGAGGAGACCUGCUCCAUAAGAAGUCAAGCUAGUGAAACUAGUCUUAAUGGUUCACUUAGUAGCGGAACAGGAAACAAAAGGCGAAAAAACAACUCACUAUCCAAUAGUUUAAGCGAAUUCAACAAUUCAAGGUGCUCGAAGUACGAACAAACGCUUACUGCUAAGAAAGAGAUCAACGAAGAUGACGAGGACGUUCUCUUUGUUCCAAACGACGAUGAAGUCAUUGAAAUUUCGUAGAUACGGAUCGACCUUUUUUGUGGUUUAUUAAAACUGGUUUUUUACUGCAUUACAUGGCCA